AUGCCUUUAAAAGUUCAAACCACUAAAGCCGCCAAAGCCGCAGCCGCUGCAGCCGGUUCUAAGAAGAGUAAGAAGAAGUGGAACAAGGGUAAGGUCAAGGACAGAGCUGACCACAUGGUGAUUUUGGACCAGGACAAAUAUGACAGAAUUUUGAAGGAUGUCCCAACUUACAAGUUCAUCUCCGUUUCUGUUCUUGUUGACAGAUUAAAAAUCGGUGGAUCUGUUGCCAGAGUUGCCUUGAGACAGAUGGAGAAGGAUGGUCUUAUCAAAUGCGUUGAUAAACACUCCAAGCAGUUGAUCUACACUCGUGCUACUGCUUAA